UGGCCAGCGAAACAGCGCCGUGGGCCGUGAAAGUGUAUGGUUUGGUUGCGUUUGCUAAUGUUUUGAAAAGUGUCCACACGUAUCAGGGGCCAACAGCGCUCCCAGCAACCCCCACGGCCAAACCAAACGACGGCGUGCAGCUGAUGAUGAUGAUGAUGGUGAAGGGGCGUCGCCGCUGAUAGGGGUGACAACCAGUGUGACACCCAAUUUGACUCCGAAGGAAUCGGGUCCCCCGAUGGUGGCGCCUCUUUAACACAGUGAACGCAAAACACACUGAAACAAGAGGAACAAAAUUAAACCACACACACAGCCACUGGCCUAGCGAGUCUAUAUAAAAGCAAUUGAUCACCCAUUGUCACCAGUCAGUUGGCCGCUGGACAGCUUUUACUCCGGAUCGUGGUCCCUCUUUCUCUCUCGCACACCGGGCGAUUGUUUUUUAAAUUAGUGCUUCAACAUUGCAUCCGCUUCGGCCAUUUCGGUGGGGGUGUGCCUCCCUGGUGUACUAAUCGUUGGCCACUGAAACGAGGUGGCAGUGAUUAUUUGAUAUUCACACAAAAGACCAAAAGAAGUCCAUCACUCACCUCGCAACAGCUGAAACAAUAGUAGGAGGCCAUUUUUAAAAACCCCCCCCGUUAAAAGCCCCUUUCACGAGUUUCGGUGGCCGGUCGGCGACGGAAUCCGCGUGUGCCAAAAACCCGGUGCGGUGCGUUGCGGUGAGCGUCUGCCUGUGUGUUUGUGUGUGUGCGUGCGCGUAUCCUUCGCGAAAAUGAACACAACCGCCGUGGCGCUGCUGCUGUUCGUGGCGCUGGUGGUCUGCAUCGGGGAUAGUGCAGAAAUUCCGCCACUUCCGGUGCAGGACGACCUAAAGAGUGCACCGGCGCCCUCCUCGGACGAAGAGUCGUACCUGGGCGUUAGGCUGUACAAAAUGGAGCGACCCUGCGCCAUGCUCGGCGGGGUUUGUGUGCAGACGAGCGACUGCAAGGACCGGCCGGGCAACAGUGGACUGUGUCCGGAAAACUCGCAUCUCGGCGUUGACUGCUGCUACGAGAUAAAACCGGCCAAUAACCUGUCGUGCCACGAGUACCGUGGCGCCUGUAUGGAUCGGUGCAACGACCGGUUGCAGCGCCCGGCCAGCGACUGCAACGAUGGGCAGAAGUGCUGCGUUUUAGUUGCCUAAACCCUAAUGAUCGCCGACCGCAGCAACAGCUUACCGGGGGACCAGUGGCUACCGCCAGGCCCUGUGUAUGUGUGGCCCAUUGUGCCCAACAUCGGUGUGUGUCGGAUCAAUAAAUGUAGGAUAAGAGCUUUAAAGUAGCCUGUUCCGGGGCCGACGUCGACGUACACUUUCUCUUAACAUCCGAAUCAUUUUUCGCAAAUACUACAUCGCUUAUAAUAAAAUCAACAAGUCAAGCCUUUAACUGUAUUUUCGGAGCAAUCUUGUAACUUUAGUUUUCAGCUGCUUUUACGCUCUUUUAUCGAUUUGCCUAUAAGCCACAAUAAAUCUUGGAAGGAAAUUGAUAAAUCGGUGAAGCGGUGACUAAUCGAAAACAGUCACACACUAAAAAGUGGUACGAUAAUUGAGCCACUUGGAGACAUGUCCAUCUCUUCACAGAAGUUGAGUUGAGUUAAGGAAAUAGAUCGUACGGAGUAUUAAACCACGCGAGGGAAAAAUAAAACAUGACACGUUUCAAUGUUUUAAGAUUUUGAAACAAAGCAAAAUAAAGGUCGAAACAUAGGUUUUGGUCAAAACAAAGUGCACUUCUUCAUUUGGUUAUAAAAAAACAACUGAAUAUUUUAUGAAGCUUGAACUUUUAUUUCAAAGGUUAAUACAUCCCAUUUAUGUAUAAAAUAGAAUUUUGGUUGCAGAUAAUUAUAAAAUAUAGAAAAUUUAUUUCCAAAAUUGUAGGUCUUUAACUCAUUUGUGAAAAGCAUAUUUCAUUGCAGCUAAUUUCCACCUUCCAUACAGCGACAGCCACAAAUGAGAUUGAUAUUUAAACACCGAUAUUUUAUGCAAACAUACCAGCAGCUAUUGACAACCUUAAGACCUAAAUUCAAGUUGCUAUUGACAAAAUAGGACCAGAUACAAUCGAAAAUGUACUCAAAAAUAGGUCAACCUAAUGAGCUACUGCCAAGCCAAUCGUGAUGAACAUUUCACCAACAUUGUU